AUGAGCAACGCCACCAACCCGUUGGUGACAGAGUUCAUCUUGCUGGGCUUCCCAGAACUGUGCCACCUGCGAGGGCUGCUCUUCGGGUCAUUCCUCACCAUCUAUGUGGUGACCGUCCUGGAGAACCUGGUCAUCGUGGUGACCGUCGGAGCCAGCCGUCACCUGCAUACACCCAUGUACUUCUUCCUGGCCAACCUGUCGGUGCUGGACACCCUCUACACCUCGGUCACCAGCCCCACGCUGCUGGCUGGCCUCCUGGCCUGGGCAAGGAGCAUCUCCUUCUCAGGAUGCCUCACCCAGCUGUUCCUCUUCCUCUCACUCGGCUCCUCUGAGUGCUUCCUCCUGGCCGCCAUGGCCUGUGACCGCUACCUGGCCAUCUGUCACCCGCUGCGCUACCCAGCCGUCAUGGACACGAGGCUCUGCCUGCACCUGGCCCUCAGCGCCUGGCUGGGCGGCUUCCUAGCCUCCUUUGUGUCCACGGCCCUCAUCUCCCGCCUCAGGUUCUGCGGCCCCAAUGUCCUCAACCACUUCUUCUGUGACAUUUCCCCGCUGCUGCAGCUCUCCUGCGAUGACACCACCGCCAUCGAAGUGCUGGACUUCAUGGCGGCCCUGGCCGUGCUCACGACCUCCCUGCUGGUGACCGUGGUCUCCUACGCUCGCAUCCUGGUCACAGUGCGGAGGGUCCCGGGAGGGGCCGGCCGCCAGAAGGCCUUCUCCACCUGUGCCUCCCACCUGGUGGUGGUGGCCGUCUUCUACACCACGGCCACCUUCAUGUACGCGCGGCCUCGCGCCGUCAGCUCCUUCGACCUCAACAAGCUGGUGUCUGUGGUCUACGCGCUUGUGACCCCGCUGCUCAACCCCAUCAUCUACUGCCUGCGGAACCGCGACAUCAGGGAGGCCCUGGCCCAACUCCGCCGCGCCCCCUGCGCCCCCUGA